AUGAUAUCAAUUUUGGAUUUGCCCGAUGAUGUUUUAGUAGAUCUUUUUUGUCGAUAUGUAUCUACAAAGGAUUUAGGUCGAAUUGAACAAGUGUGUCGAAGAUUUCAUGCUAUACUUAACGAUUAUACAUUGCCAUGGAAAAAAGCACUUGCUCGAUUAACAAAUGUAUCAUUUUCACAAUUAAAAAAUGCAGCUGGAUGUCCAGCAUUUGAAAAUAUUCGUCAUUCACCAUCCAUCAUUUCACAUCCAUUCCAUUUACCAUCUGAUUAUCAAUAUGAAAUUCUAUCUGAACGUUCAAUUAAUUCAUCUCAUUUACUUCCAUUGGAUUAUCGUCGACCAUCAAAUCAAUCCAAUACUUGCUCCAAACUUGACUGUGAUAUAAGACGUGUUUUUAAUAAUUAUCGAUAUUUAAUAUCAUUAGCACAUCAUUGGAAUGGAGAAAAUAAAUAUAAAAAUCAUACAUUAAUAAAAUUUAUUCGUCGAGCUCAAACAUCUUUACUUCAAUACGAUGAACAUAAUCAUCAAUUAUGGUUUACACAUGAUUAUACAUUACGCUGUUUAAAUUUAUCUAAUAAUCAAAUUGAUCAUUCAUAUGAAUUUAAUCAUGAUGAUAUACUUUGCUAUAAAAUUUAUAAUAAUCAUUUAAUCUGUAUGGCAAAUGGAAAUCAAUUAAGAAUUAUAUGUCGACAAACAAAUGAUAUAUAUCCAUGUGAAAACAAUCUAAAUAAUCCAGCAAAUUUCGGUGAACGUAAUGAUAUACUUUCAUUAGAUAUUUAUUCAAAUGAUCAAGAACGAUAUUUAAUCUUAAAUGGUUCACGAGAUCAUACAGUUUCACUACAAACUUUUGAUAUAUCUUCACGACUGAAUCAACCUAUAUGGCGUACAAAACUUGAUGAUCGUGUUCUAGCUAGUCGAUUUACAAGUGAUGGAGGACAUUUUCUUAUUGGCACUGGUGGGACAUUAAGUCCCUAUCCAUUAGCUUUAUUUAAUACAGAAAGAGCUAAACCAAUUCAUUUAUAUAAUGCAAAUUAUCGUCGUGGUGCUGGUGUUCGUUGUAUUGAAUGGGUUUCAUCGAAUGUAUUCAUUGCUGCAGGUUUUGAUAAUCAAUUUAAAGAAUUUGAUUUACGUACAGGACAAUGUCAUUAUACAUUUGAUGAUGAAUUUGCUAAUGAUUAUUGUUCCUUAGCUGUAUCUGUUGAUGAUCAUAAUGUUUCAAAUGGAAUAAUUCUUGGUGGAAAUCAUAAUUCAACUGUUCGUCUUGUUAAUCGUAAACAACGUCAAUUACAACAAGUUUUUUUUAUUUCAAAAGAACGUAGUCCAGUACAUAGUUUGGCUGUAACACCAGAAUAUCUAUUUGCAUCUGUUGAUCGAUCAAUAGUUGCAUUGGAUUUUACAAAAAAUAACCGACAAUUUCAACAGAUUAAUCACAAAUUUUGA